ACAUGCUAGCUCUUUUUGGACUGUCUUCACUCGCUCGGAAAUGUCAGAAAUUACACAGGCUUACUUGCGUUAUCGUGACAAGAAGACGAGAACAGAUCUGUUUGGAGAGAUAAUUAUUUGAUACAACUACUGAGGAAUUAGUCCGUCAACAUAAAGUGUCCGGUUUGGCUUUCACCGGUUUUCACAUGGGGGUUCUCGGCUUUUGAUUGGAGGACAGCGUCCACGUGCACAUUUUUUUUUUGCUACCAUGGCUUACGAGCAGAUUUGAUUACCUGUCAGGUUGUUCCGUGUUGCUUUGAGGAAUCUUCACAAAGGUUUCAUCUGGAUCUCCUGACUCACCUCCAGCUGAGUCAGCACAGUGAUUUCUCUCUUCCUUCUUACCAAACACGAUGGAUUUAAGCACAUUUGACAUUGACGCACCGCGAUGGGACCAGUCGACGUUCAUGGGGCGACUGAAGCACUUCUUCAACAUCACCGACUGCCGAACGGCACUCUUACCGGACUCACGGCUGGAUGAAGCUAAAGUUUUAGUGGAGAGCUUCAGGGCAGGAUCCGUCCCUCCAGGCACCUCGGUGGAGCAGCUCCACUAUGCAAAGAAGCUGUACGACUCAGCCUUCCAUCCGGACUCGGGAGACCGCAUGAACCUCAUCGGCCGCAUGUCCUUUCAGGUUCCUGGGGGCAUGGCCAUCACGGGCUUCAUGCUGCAGUUCUAUAGGACAGUUCCUGCUGUGGUGUUCUGGCAGUGGGUGAAUCAGUCUUUCAAUGCUCUGGUGAACUACACCAACAGAAACGCUGCGUCCCCCAUCACUCCAAAGCAGAUUGGAGUAGCUUACGUUACAGCCACCAGCACGGCUUUAGCAACAGCAGUGGGACUCAACCUUUAUACUAAGAGAGCCCCUCCUCUUGUGGCUCGAUGGGUUCCUUUUGCAGCCGUGGCAGCAGCUAACUGUGUGAACAUUCCCAUGAUGAGGCAGCAGGAAAUUCUGAAUGGCAUCGCUGUCACCGAUGAAAACGGCAACAAACUGGGUCACUCCAAGAAAGCAGCUGUGAAAGGCAUCACGCAGGUGGUCAUCUCACGGAUCACCAUGGCAGCGCCAGGAAUGAUCAUCCUCCCCAUCGUCAUGCAGAGGCUGGAAAAAUACAAAUUCAUGCAGAGAAUCACGUUCCUCCACGGACCAAUUCAAGUCAUGUUGGUGGGAGUGUUUUUGGUGUUCAUGGUGCCUGCAGCCUGCUCCCUGUUCCCUCAGCGAUGCUCCAUGGCUGUGUCGAAGCUGGAGCCCGAGCUGAGAGACUCCAUCAUGUCUCAGUACGGAGACCAAGUGAAACAAGUUUACUUCAACAAAGGCCUCUGAGAGCCAGCGGGCUGCUCAGUGACACACAUUGCACCAUGUGUGUGUGUUUAUGUAAUGUGUCAUCGUUUUUAAUAGCUAGUCAUGAUUAAAUGCCAGAUUUCUUUUAUUUCUUUUCUAAAUGUGCUGCGAGAUGUUUGUUCUCUUUUAUCUGAUUGAUUCUUCUGUUUUGCAUUAAUUGUUCCUCUGAACAGGACGGGUGCUCGUGUCACUUUGUGCUUCUGUUUGGGAACCAAAUGAUCUCCUCUCAGGAACACCAUGUUUGCCAGAUUAAAUCUGUUUUAGGUGUUUUUUGUUUUUUCAUUAUGUAACUCAGCUGUUUUCAUUGGCUUUUUGUUGGAUCGUGAGCCUUUGGUCUGCUGAUUCUCCCUUCAGUCUGUGCCUUCUAUAAAGCUGCAGGAGCCAUGCCGCUGGACUGUGGUUCAGUUUUGUUCUUUCAUGACCUGAAAAAAGACUCGAGUCUUUAAAGUCACUGUGGUGGAAGCUACUGCCCUCUUCUGCCUGUAAGGGGGUAUGUGUAGGAUUUAUCUGAAAUGGUGGCCUGAUUAUUCCUCUGUGUGAACUCUGACCUCAGCUGGAAUAAAGCCAGAGUUUUAAAACA